AGAUGAUGGUGCAUAAGCCAGAUAAGACUAUUGAAAAGGUCCGCUGACUUAUUGCGUGAGGUCAAAACUGUUCUUUCCAGUGCUGGAAACCUGUAAUGAGGAGUAACCAGAACCCCACGCUGUCUGGAGCGCGUGAAUUCCUGUUUAAAGCUCUCCCAGCUGAGCGGUCCCACAUCUUAACAUCCCUGGUGAACUCUUGCUGACUGAAUUCCAAGGCACAGUGCGUAUGCAAUCCCUCAGGAAAUCCAAAUGGUAAAGAAACAUUUCUAUCUAAGUCUUGUCCAGCCAAUCUUGCCGCCAACAGGACGAGUCUGGUGUAACAGGUCAGUUCACACGUCCGUAGGCAGUAACCCCAGGUGUCCUGGUCCUCCUUUACAGCCUGCAAUGACUCCUACGUGGAGCCAGGCAUAACAUUUUCAGUGGGAAACAGAGGUAUUUUGCAAUAGAAGUGUUUCAUAGCAAGUAGUCACUGUUGAGGGAGACUUUUGGUGGCAUAACAGGAACGUUUAACUUUGCAUUCUGAAAUAACAGUAGGUUUUGAGCAUAGCACUGAAGCGUUACGCUCACCCUCCCUUCAUCCUCCUGGGGUCGACAGACAGAGAAGGCAGCACAGCUCCCCCAGCUCCACGUCCCCAGGGAGCUGUAACAGGCUCGUAGCCGUGCGUGCUCUGGCAGCAGCAUCCCGGCGGUACCCCCCUCCUCCUCCUCCCUGCACCUGCUCUGCAGCUCUCAGCAGAGAUGAGCAUCAUCCCACGCUCACGCUGCCUCUUCCUCGGGGCUGUCAGAUUAGUGCCGAUGCGAAGCCGUGGCUGGAGCAGCCACCUGCAUGCUCCUCGGAGGCCCCCGGGGAGCGCGGUGCGAGGGAAUACUGCAAGCCUGGCCUCAUAAAUGAGCUGUGAUUUCAGGCCCAUGGACAAAUUGGUUUCUCCUUCCAGGAAGGCUCACAACUGUCAGCAGGCUAUUGCUGGAUUUAUUGCAUUGGCCUUUGCAACGAGGGACUCUCGAGGGCAAAGAGAAAGGGUUCCAGUGACAGGAAAGUAGAAGCAUUUGAACCCUUCCUUCAGCUGCAGCUGAGUGCCUCACCUUUGGGAACCAGACUUUGUUCUGGAAGCCUGAUGCAAUUCUGGUACGUGCUUCAUGGUGAUCUGAACCCAAACCAGGCAACGAAUGGGCAGAAGACAGAAAAUAACCAGGCCGUAGAGGAAAGCAUUUGAGAAAUUACCUCAUUCCUUAAUGUGACAUUUGGUGCCAGACAUAGUCUUAGCUUUUGUGUUCCAGCAAUGCCCAGUCUUUGCUGCUGUACAAAUGCACUGAGGAAUGGUCAGGGACCUCUUUCUUGAAAGAUAAAACUUCUCCCAUUGUAUGAUGCUUGUGCCCCUUUACUCAUAGAAAAGAUGGAGGUUGUCUUAUAUGAUUGUGGAAGCAUAUUCUGCUGUACUUCUGAACCCACUCUGCACCUCUGCUGAAGCCAUGCUAACUGGGGGACAGAGUCCUUGGAUAGCCAGGCCUUUUCCAGUUCCUGUACACUGAACUUCCUUCUGGAGCAUCCCCACCCUUACCAGGCUCCUGUGGAUGUGCUCAUGGGCGUCCUGAUUUCAGAUAGAUCUGCCCUCACUGUAAAGUGGUAGAAACCCGCUCAGACCAUGUGCAGCUCCGGACAGGAGAGAGCAUCAAGGAACACAACUUCUAAAGGUGAGGGAAUCCAGUGUUUCUUUUCAAAUAUGCAUGGAAGUGAUGGCAUCUUUUCCCUCAGGAACGUCCAAGGUGGUGUCACUGGCAUUAGGAGCUGCAUUAUUUGCAGGGAAAGCUUCAUCAUGCUGUUUCCAGGAACUGUAAUGCUGCUGGUGGCCAGCCUGGUGUCCGUUCUGCUGCUGGUGUGGAGCGUGAGAGCCACGGCACUGCCUGGAGAAGAGCGACUCGCAAUACAGAGCACCAGGGAACAGAGCACGGUCCGGAAAGACGCGAUCCUGAAGAUGCUGGCGGGCCUGCUGGACAACGUGGACGUGGGGCGCGACGCGGCCUCCCCGGACGUGGAAGACGAGGGCAAGCUGGAGGAGGAGCGGGCGGUGCUGGGGCGGCUCGCCCAGCUAUCGCCGCGGGACCGCAAGGCUCCCUGCAAAAACUUCUUCUGGAAAACCUUCACCUCCUGCUAGUGCCGCCCAGCCUGGCCCUGCCGAGUUAUCUGCCCGCCAACACCCUCCCCUCCCCUCAGCCGCCCCGUCCCCCCAGCUCCCUUCCUUUUCUUGUUCACCCCUCAGAAUAAAGCAUGGCGCCUCGGGGA